AUGAACAGCAGUGGAACAGCAUACCCUCAGGCAUCGUUGUAUGUAGGUGAUCUGCACCCUGAUGUUACGGAGGCCAUGCUUUAUCAGAAGUUCUCUCCUGCUGGGUCCAUCAUGUCAAUCCGUGUGUGCCGUGACAUCAUCACUCGCACAUCCCUCGGCUAUGCUUACAUCAACUUCCAGCAACCAGCUGAUGCGGAAUGCGCCCUGGAUACAAUGAACUAUGAAAUUAUCAGAGGUCAUCCCAUCCGAAUAAUGUGGUCUCAACGUGACCCGGCACUCAGAAGAUCUGGUGUAGGCAACAUUUUUAUCAAGAACAUGGAUGAAUCUAUUGAAAACAAGGCCCUCUAUGAUACUUUCUCAGCCUUUGGGAAUAUUUUGUCAUGCAAGGUUGUUUGUGAUGAGAGAGGCUCAAAAGGCUAUGGCUUUGUUCACUUUGAAACUCAGGAGGCUUCAAACCGUGCCAUUGAAACCAUGAACGGGAUGCUGCUGAAUGAUAAGAAAGUCCUUGAAGCGAGUAUAGAGUUGGAAUCUGGCAGUGUCACCCCAAAGGCCCAUUUCCUUGGUGAAAAUUGCCAGAUGUCCCAGAUUAGGUCAGUGAAUUGUUUUGUUGGCCACUUCAAGUCCCGCAAGGAAAGAGAGAUCGAGUUUGAGGCCAAAGCAAUGAAAUUCACCAGUGUCUACAUCAAAAAUUUUGACGAAGACUACACUGCUGAUGGUCUCAAGGAAAUGUUUUCCAAAUUCGGCAGGACCCUUAGUGUGCGAGUGAUGAGAGACGAGAGAGGCUGUUCGCGUGGUUUUGGCUUCGUCAACUAUCACAAUCAUGAGGAUGCUAAGAAGGCGGUUGAGAUGAUGAAUGGGAAGGAGCUCAAUGGAAAAGUCCUCUAUGUAGGGAGAGCUCAGAAGAAGCUGGAACGCCAGGGAGAGCUCAAGCACAAGUUUGAGCAGAUCAAACAGGAUCGAAUUCAGCGCUAUCAGGGGGUGAAUUUGUUUAUAAAGAACCUGGAAGGUACUGUAAAUGAUGAGAAACUCAGGAAGGCAUUUGCUCCCUAUGGUACCAUUACCAGUGCCAAGGUCAUGAAACACGGUGACCAGAGUAAGGGCUUUGGCUUUGUGUGUUUCUCAUCACCUGAGGAAGCAACCAAAGCAGUAACUGAAAUGAAUGGACGAAUUGUUGCAACCAAGCCCCUGUAUGUGGCUCUUGCUCAGCGCAAGGAGGAGCGCAAGGCCAUCCUCAAUAAUAAAUUCAUGCAGAGGCUUGCAACAGUGAGGACCAUGGCAAACCCUAUGAUUGACUCACACCAGCAGCCAGGAUGCUACAUGUCUGCUGUGCCACAGCCUCCCUCUCGUUCCUACUACAGCCGCAAUGCUGCCAGGGGUAUGAGAGCAGCCCCUCACUGGACAGCACAGCCACUUAAAUCUCAGGGUCCUUAUUCAUCCGACUUUGCCAGAACAGCCUUUCCCCGACGCACAUCCACUACCAUUACCACUAUCAGACAGGCCUCUACCCAAAUGCCACGCAUUACAGCUUCAUAUGGCCAAAAGACUACUAAUAUUGUUAUCCAGACAGCUGGGGGUCAGGCCGGCAGUCAGAAUAAGCACUCCUCUGCUGUAAGACAUCCUCCACAGGCCAUAAGUGUGCCUGCACCCAUGACAAGACAACAGGUAGCGGGACCACCCUUGACUGACCACAAGCAUAAGUCCCACUCCUACGAAGCCUCAGCAUCAAGAUCAGGUAGUGUUGACUCCCAUGUCACUGCAAAGAGUGAUAGCCCAGUCCAGCCAACUGAGAGGGUUGCCCCACUCAUCAGCCAAAAGUCUCUACUCAAGUGUCGCAUGGCUGGCUACGCCGUCACUGUCCUUUUGGAUACUGGAGCCAAUGUGAGCCUCCUUGACCGCACUUGGAAGAAUAAGUACUUACCACAUCAAGACGUUCGGCCCCUCAGCGAACUCCUCAAUCAAGACCUUGAUGUGACUGCUGUCACAGAAGAGGAAGUGCCAUAUGACAGAUGGGUUGAAGUGGUGUUAAACCUUCAAGGUAAUUAUGACCCGGACUUAUCCAUUCGCGUACCCUUCCUAGUGAGUCGUCUGAAGCUAGACAGACCCUUAGUUGGCUUUAAAGUAAUUCAAGAACUCAUUAAGAGCAAUGAGAGCAGGCCUAAACUCAUGCUCAUUCUCACCAUCCUCCUUGCUGGGGCCAUGGAAAUCGACAGUGUUAGCGCAGAGGCUAUCAUCAGUCUCAUCCAGGCCAAGAAGAGUCAAGAGGAAUGA